AUGAAGAUCGGACUACUUGGCGCCGUCGCGGUCGCGACCACCGUCUUCGCGGAUCUCCACACUGUCUUGACCCUGAAGCAUCUCAUGGAGAGCACGAUUGCCUACCACGAGAGCCUGACCGCAUUCGACGGCACCUACGCCAAAGGCAUCUCCCUGUGGAGAAAGUCGGGAGACCUCGUCAACACCCUCAAGGCCGCAGGGGCUCAUCCGAAUGCAUCUCUCCACGAGCGACUCACUCCAGAGGAAGACGAACAACUUGAGCAAGAAGGAUUCGACGUCGCAUACAGCCUAGUUCGAGAGACCCAUGCCGCCAUUGACACCGCGAUGUCUAAGAAACCCCUGUUGGACGGAAUUCCUCUGCUCGGCAAGCGCAUUGCCCUCCAAUACUUUAAGAAUAUGCACCAGGCGGCGUCUCACUUGGGCGGUUUGUUUGGCCCAAAAGCAAGCGAAGGUCGGCGGCAUGAAUCGCAGGCCCUUGUUGAGCAGCUUGAUGAUGAGUUCAAGAGAGGGCUGGCCGCUUUCAAGAAGUGA